AUGUAAAAAUUGUUUUUCAUAACAAUAUUGGCUGUUGGCACAUACGGAGCAUUAACAGCAGAUUUUUGGUGCGAUUGUACAGAAUUCACAAGUUAAACUGAAUGCAACAAUGUUGUUGACUGUGUUUGGGGAACUGCCUGCGCAAAGAAGGCAUGUAAGGACGUAUCAACUGAUGUUUGCGAUACUCUUGAUUCUUGCACAAUAAAUAACUCUGGAGUUUGUGAAGACUCAAAAGCAUGUUCCACUUAUGAAGCAGCUAAGCCAAUUUUAUGUAUGAUCCAAAAAGGAAACUGUGCAGCUGCAUCUUUAACUCCAAAUGCAAAUGGAAAAUACACUUGUUCCACCUACACAGCUGUUUCAGAUUGCUCAACUUUACCCGCUACUGUUGCUGGCUGCAGCAAUAAUUUUAUAAGUGAUUCAUAUUUCUGCUGGUUGAAUACAACUACAAAUAAAUGUGAAAAGUUCAGCACAGACACUUGCACUGGUGCACCUAUGGAUGUAUGUGCAGAUUUAGGAUGUGAUGCCUCAGGAACUGCUUGUAAGGCUUUCACCUGCUCUUCUUUUACAAGUGAAGCAUUAUGUACCGUAGCUAAUGAUGGUAUCUUCGGUGCUUAAACAUUAUGUAAAUGGGAUAAAACAACUAGCAAAUGUGGAGACAGAAGUGAUGUUACAGAUUUUACUCAAGACACUUGUUCAAAGAAUACAGACGGUGGAUAUUAUUGGGACAAUGAUACUUGUGUCGCCUGUUAAGAAGACGAAUCUGAAGAUUCAAGUAGUCCUUAUCUAUUGGCUUCAUUGGCAGUCUUUUUAGCAAUCAUCCAAUGAUAAAUAUAUUCACAUUAAAAAC